AUGGCCGGCAACUGGAUCACUGGCCCGUCCAAUCAGACAACAGACUUCGGCAGCGUGUUCACUCACCAGGUACAGCACUGAGGAUGUCAUAACAUAAGGCACCUGUGCUUUUAUGUUCAUACCACACAAGAAUGCAAUGAAAUUAUUUAGAUAUUGAAAAUGAAAAUAUUUGAUAACACCCUAAGCCUAUUAUUAUAUGCUGUCUCAUAAUAAUCUCAUAAUGAUCCUGACUAAACACCAACAAUAAUACCAGUUAUAAUAUAAGAUGAAAAGUUGAAACAUUGGGACAUAACAUAUUAUAAGACUCAUUAUAAGACAUUAUAGGCUGUUACCCACCCCCACUCCUAUCCACCGCAAGUCCACAUUAUCUUGGUUUACAUGUCAGUCUAUACUGACAAGUGGGCUUUGCUAAUCGUCAUGGCACAAAUUUGUCAGGUAAGUGGAUGCCUUAAUCUAAUGUAAGGCAAAAGUUUUUAGUUUUCACAUAGAAAAUGUUAAAUGUUGUGAAAUGUGGAGUGGCAGGGCAGGGGUAUGUGGUUGAUUACCUCCCACUAGGCAAAAACUGGUUGAAUUAACAUUGUUUCCACAUAAUUUAAACACCAAAAAUCUAUGUGAUGAAGGUGAAUCAACGUAGAAACUGAUUGGAUUUGCAAAAGUCAUCAACGUAAGGGCAUUUCCUCUUUUUUUUUACCCAGCUUUUAACCUAAAUGGUGACAUCUUUUGUUGUUUUCAUGUUGAAUUCACGUUAGUUGAAAACUCAACCAAAUGUAAAUCAAAACUAGAUGUUGAACUGAUGUCUGAUCUCUUUUUGUUUCCUUUUCUCAUAUCUGCGAUGAGGCUCGGGCUCAAAGAAAACAGCUAUUGCUUUAAAAAGCUAACGUUACGUGCAAGAAAACGAUAUGAAUGACUGAUAGCUACACGUACACUUAAAUGUUUGUACUGUAUAGGCAUGCAUACACUCUUAGAGAACCCAUCUAGCUGUCCCCAUAGGAUAACCCUUCCAGGUAGAACCCUUUUUGGUUCCAAGUAGAACCCUUUUUGGUUCUAUGUUAUACAUGGAACCCAAAAGGGUUCUACAUGGAACCAAAAAGGGCUCUCCGAUGGGGACAGCUGAAUAACCCUUUUCAAACACUUUUUUUUCUAAGCAUAAGCUUCUUCAACAAAUGUGCUUGCUUUAUCUUAUUCUCAUGCAUCAACCACCUCUCUAUUCUUAUCCUCCAGCCAGACUCUCAUCCUGCUUCUCCCCACCAGGUGCUCCCAGUUCUCUAUGUGCUGAUCGGUGGCGUGGGCUUGGCUCUCAACAGCUUGGCUGCCUGGAUCUUCUUCCGGGUGCCCAGCGACUCAGGCAUGGUGGUCUACUUGAAAAACAUGGUAGUGGCUGACCUGCUGAUGCUGCUCACCUUCCCCUGGCGUGUGGCCAGCGAGCUCGGCCUGGGCGGCUGGCACGUUCGCGUGGCCGUUUGCCGCUACAGCGCCGUGCUCUUCUACUCCUCCAUGUACGUGGGCAUCAUCUUAAUGGGCCUCAUCAGCCUGGAGCGCUACGUCAAGGUCGUAGGACACUCAUCGUCCUGCACGCACCUCCUGCAGCGAGUGGGGUUCACCCGGGUCCUGGCCCUGCUGACGUGGAGUCUGCUGCUACUCUCUGUACUCCCCAAUGUCGUGCUCACCAGCAAGCCUGCGGAUGAGGAGAGCUCCAGGCACUGUGUGCAGCUAAAGACCCCCCUGGGUCAGCAGUGGCACAAGGUGUCCUCGUAUUUCAACGUGGCCCUGUUCUGGGUCACCGUACUGGUGCUAGCCUUCUGCUACUCUUCCAUCGCCCGCCACUUCUACAAGUCGCACCGCCGCGUGCGCCAGGACGACAGCAGGGUGUACAGCAAGUCCAACUGCAGCAUCUUCAGCCUCCUGGCCGUGUUCUUCAUCUGUUUCGUGCCCUACCACAUCUGCCGCGUCACCUACACCCAAAGCCAGUUACCCGGCUCCGGCUUCAGCUGGCACAGCCGUUAUAUGCUGUUCCAGGCGAAGGAGGUCACCCUCUUCCUGUCGGCGCUCAACGUGUGCCUGGACCCAGUCAUCUACUUCUUGAUGUGCACUAAAUUCCGCGAGUCACUACUGAAGAAACUGCCCAGAGCCGGGGGAGGACCAAGGAGAUGUUCCCUUACCACAGAACAGACCAUUAGUAAUAUGUGA